AUGAACGAAAAGCAGGAGUACCUCUUCGCGCAGCCUGCCAUGCACAACAUCAGGGGGUGCUUCAUGAGGCACUGCGGCACGCACAAGCUCCCCACGGACGACGCGCUCGUGCACGGGAGCAGGUGCAUCCUGAUGGUGGAGCAGGGUUUCCUGGGGCUUGCCUUCGACAACGGCCAACCCGUGCUGCUGCCGCUGGGCAUACACGUCUGGACGUCCGAUACACUGAGGUACAAGAGGGACAUCUCUCUUGACGAGCACAUGGUGUCGCUCGGGCCCUAUACACUGAUCACCGUGGACGAGGACUACGCAGCAACGACACAGAACAACGGGAAGUAA